AAUAACCACAUUGAAACCACACAAUAUAUAUACCAUAGGCCUAUACAGGUUUGAGUACAAUUAUUUAAAAGUCACCAUGGCAGUCAUGCACGCUGUUCUUCUGUUCGUGUUCAUUCAGACCUUUCCUGUGGGAGUUACAUUAAACGAAUGGUGGAAGGACACGAUCGUGUACCAGAUCUACCCGCGUUCCUUCAUGGACUCAGACGGUGAUGGUGUGGGGGAUCUGGCUGGUAUCACGUCCCGUCUGGAGUACUUCAACGACAUUGGGGUAGGCACCAUAUGGUUGAAUCCCGUGUACAAGUCGCCCAUGGCCGACUUUGGCUAUGAUGUGGCCGACUUCAAAGAUAUUGAUCCCAUAUUUGGUACCAUGGCUGAUUUCGAUGAGCUGAUCAGUAAGGCACACCGGCUAGGCCUUAAAGUCGUGAUGGAUUUUGUCCCCAAUCACACCAGCGAUCAGCAUCCAUGGUUUAUCGAGAGCAAGAAAAACAAAGACAGCACCAACCGAUACAGAGAUUACUACGUGUGGGUAGACCCGAAGAAAAAUUGUUCUGAUCCUCCAGAGAAAUGCAUUCCGAACAACUGGGUGGAUCUACUGGGCGGUACGGUGUGGGAGUGGGUACAAGAAAGACAACAGUUCUAUCUGCACCAGUUCCUUAACAUUCAACCAGACCUUAAUUAUCGCAAUCCCGUCGUACAUUUGGAGAUGAUCAACGUACUACGAUUCUGGCUGGAGAAAGGCGUAGACGGAUUUCGUGUCGAUGCAGUCAGACAUAUGUACGAAAGCGAAGACCUGCAGGAUGAACCAAUCAAUCCCGAUUACUCGUCGAUACGGAGCGGACAUGUCGCGUAUGGCAGCCUUGUUCAUAGCAAGACGUUUGAUCAACCUGAAGUCCACGACCUUAUCUACGAAUGGCGAAGAGUCUUGAACGAAUACAGCAUGCAAUCAAACUACCGCUUCUUGACAAUUGAAACUAAUGACACUUACGAGAUACUCCUCCCAUACUACGGAACUCCGAGUCGUCCUGAGGCAGAUUUUCCUUUCAACUAUGGACUGACUGCACUCAGCAUGGAGACAUUUACUGGGAGCAAAGUUCACCAAUUGGUCAAUGAUUGGAUGAAGGACCAACCACAUGAUAAAUGGCCAAACUGGGUAACCGGUAAUCAUGACUGUUUUCGCGUCGCUGAUCGUGUGGGGAUCCAGUACGCACGGGCUUUGAACGUCUUGAAUCUGCUUCUUCCAGGAACCCCUAAAACCUACUACGGAGAAGAGAUAGGUAUGAUGAAUACUUGGGUCCCAUUCAGCAAAUCACAGGAUUCUUAUGCAGCCAUUGAUCCUAGCCACUGGAAGGAGUACACACGAGACCCAGAACGUUCUCCAAUGCAAUGGGACAGGUCAUCUCAUGCUGGCUUCAGCACCACUAUCGGAGAUACAUGGCUUCCUGUCAACCAGAACUACCUCUCAGGAAUCAACGUUGCUGACCAAAAGGCAGAUAACACCUCCGCGUUGGCACUCUACAAGAAAUUAGCAGCACUCCGGAAAGACGAGCCCGCCUUCCAAACCAACCACCUCAACUACGUCGUCGUGACUGAAAAGAUCUUCUCCUUCCUUCGCAUGCCUGAUACACCGGGCCUUGGUUCCUUCCUAGUCAUCAUCAACGCUGGUACUUCUGAGUCGACUGAUGACUACUCCGCAGCUUUGAUGGAAGGUCACCAGUUGAAGAUGGAAGGAAACAUCGGGACCAUCACAGUCAGUAGUAACAUGGAUCGAGACGGGGUGUCUCAAGACAUGAGCAAGGUCUCUGUCGCAAAAGGCGAAGCACUCGUUGUCAAAUGCUUUUGUUGA